CAGGAAAACAGUUCCCUGUUUGGAUCUAACCACUUAGCACUCUUUUGUAAUUAACCUGCCGGCUUCAGCCCCUGCACCCCAAAGGAGGAGACUGCCUUGGCCCCGCGGUGCACCCCACUGCAGCUGAUGUGCCAGAGGAGGACGUUGCAGGCUCCUCGGCACUGGACAGCCAGACACACCACACCAGCCCUGAAGCUGCUGCCUGGACCCCUUCCACAUGUCCUCACUGCAGCGAGGAGGGGGCUCUGCACCCCAGCCCCCGAGCUGCCCCAUCUCCCUGCCUCGGCCUCCCGGCACGUCCCCACCACCACGCCGCGGAACCGGUGCCCCAACCACGUCUUUUUCCAGUCCCAACAAAGACCUCCCAGUGCCGCUGGGCGAGCUCCUGAGCUGGGUCUCCGACAUCAGCAGGUCGUGGAUGGGCUCGAGGGAGGCCCUGGAGGCGGCAGCUGCUCGGCCGUGCUCACCAGCACAGUGUGGCUGGAUGUCCAUACCACCUCCCCUCAUCGCCGCCGUGGAGCCCGUCCCCCGCCCUGAGGCCGGUGGGACCGCGCCUGAGGACACAGGGACGUUCUCCCUCACCCUUUGCACUUGCCAGAGUCCCCGGCCAGAGACUGGGGCCACAGUGCCCGAGCAGCCAAUGGCCCGAGAAACACCCACAGGGCCACCACAGGGCCCCCACUCGCCCCACACAGUCCCUCCUCCCCAGGGAUGGCCUCGUGGUGUGGUGUCGGGCUCACUGCGGAUCUCCAAAACAUCUCCUCCUUCCCACCUGCUCUCAUCUGCCUCCUGUAAAUCCAGUCAUGUUACCCUCCGCCUCUGGUGUCAUUAUUGCUCUCAUUACCCCGUUUGGCUUUGCAUGAGGUGCCUCUGCGCGCAGCUCCAGGACAGUCCCCGCUCCCGGGGCCCCCCGCACCCCGACCAUCACUCACCGGGCCGGGGGGGCUCCAUCGAUUUCCCAAUCACAUCUCCUUUUGGGGACAAAACACUAAACUUGUACAUACCACGAAGUGUCUGUAAAAGAGCAGUGUGGACCCAGGGCUCCCCUGCAAGGGCAGUAAAGGAGAAUCCUCUGAAACCAGCCGGCAGCUCUGCGUGA